UGAUAAAACAAGGCCAUCUUCAUAAAAGCCUUAUUUAAUUAUUACCUCAUCCUCACAUGACCUCAUGCAGCUAUAUAUAAAUUACAUCAUCCUUAGCAUCCUGUUCUAUAAUUUUUCUAUAUAAUUACUAUAGGCUAUAAUUUUAUAUAUGUAACUAAGAGCAUCUGCAUUGAGUCAUCAAGAACAUAAACAUUUUUCCUGAUUUUCUGCUGUGUCAAGGAAAAAGCAGCUUAGAUAAAGAUGGAUGGGAAAAACUCUCUUCAAAUAACAAGAACUGCUUCUGGUGCUUAUGAUGAUGAUGGACGUGCCAAAAGAACUGGAAAUUUAAAGACUGCUGUGGCACAUAUCAUAACAGCUGUUAUUGGUUCUGGUGUAUUGUCAUUGGCAUGGAGUAUUUCUCAAUUAGGAUGGAUUGGAGGGCCAAUUGCCUUGGUUUCUUGUGCAAUAGUUACCUGUAUUUCUUCAUUCCUUUUGUCUGAUUGUUACAGACAUCCUGACUCUGUAACUGGGAAAAGAAACUACUCUUACAUGGAUGCUGUUAGAGUCAAUCUUGGUCAGAAAAGGACUUUUAUGGCUGGUUGCCUUCAAUUUUUGACCUUGUAUGGGACUAGUACUGCCUAUGUAAUUACCACAGCAACCAGUUUGAGGGCUAUUUUGAGAUCAAAUUGUUAUCACAAAGAAGGACAUGGUGCUCCUUGUACUUAUGGGGGCAAUACGUAUAUGAUGCUGUUUGGACUUGUUCAGAUUGUAAUGUCAUUCAUACCAGAUCUCCACAACAUGACUUGGGUUUCAGUUGUUGCUGCUGUUAUGUCCUUUACAUAUUCAUUCAUUGGAUUAGGACUUGGCAUGGCAACUUUCAUAAAAAAUGGAGCAAUUAUGGGAAGCGUGACAGGAGUACCAACUGCUAAAAUUACUGAUAAAAUAUGGUUAAUCUUCCAGGCACUUGGUGAUAUUGCCUAUUCAUAUCCAUACUCAAUGCUUUUUCUUGAAAUACAGGACACACUAGAGUCUCCUCCAGCAGAGAAUCAAACCAUGAAAAAGGCCUCAAUGACUGCAAUCUUCAUUACAACAUUCUUCUACCUAUGUUGUGGAUGUUUUGGAUAUGCAGCUUUUGGAAAUGCUACACCAGGAAAUCUCCUCACAGGGUUUGGUUUUUAUGAGCCAUUUUGGCUUAUUGACAUUGCCAAUGUUUGCAUUGUCAUUCAUUUGGUUGGAGGAUAUCAGUUAUACAGUCAACCAAUAUAUACCACAGCUGAUAGAUGGUUUACAAAAAAUUUCCCUGACAGUGGCUUUGUAAAUGACUUCCACAAAGUGAAACUUCCUCUAUUACCUACUUUACACAUCAACCUUUUCAGAUUCUGUUUCAGAACAACCUAUGUGAUUUCAACCACAGGAGUAGCAAUUCUAUUUCCUUACUUCAACCAAGUUCUUGGAGUGUUAGGAGCUGUAAACUUCUGGCCACUAGCAAUAUAUUUCCCAGUUGAGAUGUACUUUGUACAGAAGAAAAUUGGAGCAUGGACUAGACAAUGGAUUGUUCUUAGAAUAUUUAGUUUUGCUUGCUUUCUUGUGACAUUAGUAGGAUUUGUUGGGUCAUUAGAAGGAAUCAUACGUGAGAAACUUGGUUGAAAAGGUUCAUGUAAUUGUGUAUCAUCAUGUAAUACUCUAUGCUUCUUUUUUCAGAGCUAAGAGUAAGAGUUAGAUGGGGAUUAUGCUAUUUCAGGGAGGCCUUGUACUAGCCAUGUAAUAAUGUAACUUACACGUUGCUUCAUCCUUAAUUCCCUUCAAAGAAGUGAGUUCCAAACAAUUUGUAAUUUUUCUUUAUCAAUGGAAUAGUAUUUUAUCCAAA